GCGACGUCAGUCACCAUUGACUCACUGGUCUUUCCGUUGCACAACACUGCAGCCUAACAAAUACCGACACAGCAAACCGGUGUCAUAUACUCUCAAAAAGACGGCGCAAAUUAUCACUACCGUUUCAGCACAUCUCCAAAUUGACAUCAACGCAGCGCUCGGAAUGGCCGAGUAACCAGCUUUAUGCGCUCGCGUCUUCAUAUCCUUCGCCACGUCAUGAAGAGGAAAUUUGGUUACUUUGCAAGAGAAAAGAGUACAUUUACCGCUAGAUACACCAUGAACACACAAAAUCCCACAAUCACCCUCGACAAGAAGGAGCAGCAGCUGCGCAGCCUGCUUCUCGAUGUCGCGGGAUCACUCAAUGCAUCAGGCAAGGUCACCGAACCUCUUGUCCUGCGCUGGGCGGGCGGCUGGGUCCGCGACAAGCUGCUUGGGCUCGACAGCCACGACAUUGACAUUGCCAUUAACGCCAUGACUGGAGAGCCCUUUGUCGAGUUCAUGUGUGAGUACUGCCAGCGGCCCGAGGUGAUCAAGGCUCACGACAUUGGCCCCGACGAUAUUGGCAAUUUGCACAAGAUCAAAAGCAACCCAGACAAGUCAAAGCAUCUCGCUACGGCUAUGAUUCCCAUCUUUGGUCUCGAGCUGGAUGUUGUCAACCUGCGCAAAGAAUCGUAUGCAGAAGACAGCCGCAACCCCCAGAUGGAGUUUGGCACCGCCGAGGAGGACGCGCUGCGUCGAGAUGCCACAAUCAACGCCAUGUUCUACAACCUCAACACCGACUCUGUUGAAGACUUUACCACUGGCUUUGCGGACCUCAAGGCCGGUAUCAUCCGUACUCCUCUAGAGCCACUGCAGACGUUCCGCGACGACCCCCUUCGCGUGCUGCGCCUGGUGCGCUUCGCGAGCCGCUAUGACUUUAGCAUUGCGCCCGAAACGGAGCGCUUCAUGGCCGAUCCUUCCGUACUAGAGGCUCUGCGAGUCAAGAUUAGCCGCGAACGCGUCGGCAUUGAACUAGAAAAGAUGACCAAGGACACCCACCCCAGGAUUGCGCUACAGAUCAUCAACAGGCUGAAUCUGUACCAUGCCAUUUUCACAGAUCCUGCCAAGUCAGACGAGACAAAGCCUGAUAUCUCGCGUUGGCCCGUCGCAUAUGACGGGCUCUGCGAGAUUCUCGCCAAUGAGUCUCCAGGCUCACUAGGAUCGGUCUUGGUCCGAGGCGAAGACGGCAAGUUCCUCGCCUGGAACCUGGCCGCAGUUGCUCCGUGGAUCAGUGUUGCCGAUCCUCCAGGAACCAAGAAGAAGGCCAAUGCUCUCCCUCCUGUUGGCGUGAUAGCCCGCGAAGGCUUCAAGGCAUCGAAUAAGCUCACUGACGUCAUGUCAGCGUGCCACAAACACAGGCUGGAAAUCGUGGAGCUCAAGACUGCUGUCUGCGAAAACGCACCCUACAUUCAGGAGCGGGACAGGUUCGGCAUGGCAAUCCGCCGAUGGAACCAUCAGGGCGGCUCGUGGAAGCUACAGGUUCUCGGCGCAAUGCUCGUAGAGGCCAUGGAGAAGCUGGAGUCGUGGCCUAGCUCGAUAUCCGAGGAAAAGGUGGACGAGGAGGCUGUCAAGAAGCGAGAUGCAUUUAUCAGAGAAUGGGAGCUCUUUGUCGAUCACCUGUCACAUCUCGAGGUUAUGGAAGCGCCGACUCUGAGACGUCUCAUUGACGGCCGUGAGCUCGCCAAGGCCCUGGGUGUGAAGCCUGGCAAAUGGACGGGCCAGGCUCUAGAUAUCUGUGUCGCGUGGCAGCUGAGAAAUCCUAAGGCGACGGAUCCUGCGCCCGCAAUUGAAGAGGUCAGGGCCAAGAUGGACGAGCUAGGCAUUGUUUAAUAGAUACAGGAUAGACAAAAGUUGAAAAAAGAACUACAUGCUUUAAUUGUCAUGUGUCCAUGUGAUAUGUGUCCAUCUGCUGCUACAUACAUUCAUACAUACCUAUCCAUAUAUAUACUAUAUAUGUAUAAGUUAGCUAUGUUCUAAUAUAGACAAUAGUAUAGUUUCUCAACAAGAUCAUCAGCAGCAGCAGAAGCAUCGUACCAGUCAUCAUCACGCGCCACAGUCGUUGUGCUUAUACGUUGGGCGGCCGCCAAUAAUUCCCUGCACUUUGAAUAAACCCACGUCAGCCGUGCUGCUCGCUGAUCGAUGCGGCUGGCGGCC